CUGUCUCAUUCUAGAAAUGCGUCAAUGGUCAGUAACCAGUGUAAUGUCAAUCAUGGCUUUACAUGCUUGCUUUAAUACCUUUUUCUGCCUUUUUUUCAUCUACAGAUUUACUUCUGCAGAUACGUAUCUUGCAGCAGUUUAUGAACAUGCCGUCAAAUUGCCCAGUGUUCAGGAUCGACCCGUUUCUCAGGAAGAGGCCUUGUCUGCAAUGAAUCUAAACUUGAAUGUUUUGGAAGAUGCAGUCAAACAAGCUGCUAAAAAGGGAGCACAGAUAAUUGUGACACCAGAAGAUGGGAUUUACGGUUGGUCUUUUAACAGAGAGGCCAUUUUACCUUAUCUUGAAAAUAUUCCAGACCCAGAUAUUAAUUGGACUCCUUGCACCGAGCCUGACAGGUUUGGCCGAGCUCCAGUACAAGUCAGACUUAGCUGUAUAGCAAAGAAUAACUCUAUUUAUGUUGCUGCCAAUGUUGGAGACAUUAAACCAUGCAAUGCAACUGAUCCUAAAUGUCCAAAGGAUGGUCGCUAUCAAUAUAACACUGAUGUAGUGUUUGCUUCAGAUGGAAAAUUGGUUGCUCGGUAUCACAAGUACAAUCUUUUCUUAGGAGAAAGCCAGUUUGAUCAGCCUGCAGAACCCGAGUUUGUAACAUUUAAUACUACAUUUGGAACUUUUGGCAUUUUUACCUGCUUUGACGUGUUGUUCUACAAUCCUGCUGUGCAUCUGGUUGACCACCUCCAAGUGGACAGUGUCCUGUUUCCUACAGCAUGGAUGAAUUUGCUUCCUCAUCUAACUGCUAUUGAAUUCCAUUCAGCGUGGGCUAUGGGUAUGGGGGUCAAUUUCUUAGCUGCAAAUACUCAUAAUACCACCAUGAACAUGACAGGAAGUGGAAUAUAUGCACCAGACAAGGCCAUAGCAUACCACUAUGAUGCAGAAACAGAUAAUGGACAUCUGCUGAUUGCUAAACUAGACAUCCAUCCCAAGCUAUCCCCACAUUACACUGCUGUGAACUGGAGCCUCUAUGCAGCAGGCUUGGAUACAGUCUCUGAAGACAAUGCUGUUUUUAAUGGAACUAUUUUCCAAGAUGUGUAUACUUUUAUUACAUUAAAUGAGGCUCAAGAAAACAUUAGUGUCUGUCAAAAAGACCUGUGCUGCCAUUUGAGUUAUUCCAUGAAAGAAAAACAAGAAGAUGAAUUGUAUGCAUUGGGUGCUUUUGAUGGACUCCAUACAGUUGCGGGACAGUAUUACUUACAGGUAUGUACUUUAGUGAAAUGCAAGAACCCUGACUUGAAAACCUGUGGGGAACCUGUAGAGAAUGCUUCGACGGAAUUUGAAAAAUUCUCACUGUCUGGCAGAUUUGGUACAAAGUAUGUAUUUCCAGAAGUCCUGCUCAGUGGUGUGCACUUGGCCCCAGGUGAAUUUGAGGUAUUAAAUGAUGGUCGUCUUAGAAGUGAAAAUGGAACCUCCAAACCUGUUCUAAGUGUCACUCUCUUUGGAAGAUGGUAUGAAAAAGACCAGGAUGUUACAUGGAUUGUUUGAAAUAUUUAAUUCAUUAUGCUAAUAAAACAUCCAUUAUAUAAUAAAAA